AUGGUGGUUGCCGCUUUUGUCGGCCCGGUGUUGCUGUCUGAGACUGUGAACGGUAAAAUUGUUUGUAAAAAUUUUGUGGUCGGUGAUGUUGUUCCUGAUGGUGGCUUUAACUUCAACCGAUUCAAGAUGGAUCGUGACGAUUGGAUGUACAAACAAAGUCCUGUAAGUGCAAAAUAUAUACUGGGUGUUCAAAGUUUUCUUAAGGCCGCCGAAGCUCAUCGGGUUCGGGUGAAUGCCGAAGAUCAGCUCAUUUUUUGUCCUUGUGCAUCGUGUAAAAAUUUUCAGAAACAUGAUAUUAAAGAAAUAAAGUUUCAUUUGUUGAGAGAUGGUUUUGUGCCUGGAUAUACUUGUUGGUCAAAGCAUGGGGAAUCGCUUUCAAAUCGUGGCACGUCGUCGUUCAAUGAAGACAAUGAUCAAACAUAUAACAACGAACAAGAUACUGAUCAAGAAAAUGACGCUUUAAAUGAAGACAAUGACAACUUCAAUGAAAUGUAUGAUGAUUUAGAGACUAAUGUUGGUGAUAAUGGGCAAGAAAAAUUAAGGAAAUUACUUGAAGAUGAGUUAAAACCAUUAUAUGUGGGUUGUAAUAAAUAUUCCAAACUUCGUGCGGUUUUAAGGUUGUCUAUCUUGAAGUCAACACAUGGAUGGAGUGAUAAGAGUUUCACAGAUCUAUUAGUGCUAUUAAAUGACAUGCUUCCGGAAGGUAACGAGUUACCACUUUCAUCAUACCAAGCAAAAAAAAUGAUGUGCCCAAUGGGAUUGGAAGUUGAAAGAAUACAUGCAUGUCCAAAUGACUGUAUGUUGUAUAGAAAUGAGUUCAAAAAUCAUCAUAAAUGUCUUAAGUGUAACGCAUCUAGGUAUAAGCGUAAAAGUGAAACAGAUGAAGUUGACGAUGAUGUGACGAAAAAUGGACCACCGGCUAAAAGUUUGGGUCCGAAGCAACCUGGUAAUGACAUUGAUGUUUAUUUGGCUCCAUUGAUAGAUGACCUUAAAACCCUAUGGAGUCCAGGUGUCAACGUGUAUGAUUCUUAUAAGAAAGAAUAUUUUGAUUUGCAUGCCAUGAUUUUUUGCACCAUAAGUGAUUUUCCAGCAUACGGUAAUUUGUCAGGAUAUAGUACCAAAGGUAAACUUGCUUGUCCUGUUUGUGAAGAUGACAGGAGUUCAAUGUGGUUAAGUAAUUGCAAAAAAAAAACCGUAUACAUGGGACAUCGAAGAUUCCUUCCAAUCAAUCACAUUUACUGGAACAAAGCUCUAGAGUUUGAUGGAAAACCAGAGCACGGAAAAGUAAGGAAACAAUUUGAUGCGUUCUCAAAAGUCAGAAAUUUAAACGUCGAGUUGGGGAAAAAUCUCGUUUGGAGCCAGGCAUUUGGAAAAAAAGUCUAUCUUUUGGGAUUUGCCUUACUGGAAGCAUUUACAAGUUAG